CCUCUAACCAAUCGGUGGUACCGUCAUGAGGCUCUUAACUUUUGUGUCAGUAGCCCUUCUGGCAACCCUUACUGGUGCGCAACAAACAGAGACCACUGUCGAUGUCCUGCAAAAAAUUUAUCACAGAUGCGCAGAUAGCGAGUCCAUGUUAUCUUGUGUUAAACCAAAAGUGUUGGCUUACCUCACUGAUGCUGCAAAACAAGACAGAUUGGCAAUUACGGAGGAUUUAGCGUUAAUUAAAUGCCGUAGUGCGGAUUCCGUGGUAGCAGAUAGCGUGGAAGAUUACUAUUCCUCGCAAUAUGAUGCUGCAGAUCCAUCCAAGAAGCUGCGAACAUUGAUGCUCGAGAAAUUGGACGAGUAUUUGUCUAGCCAUCAGCUUGAGGCUAAACUACCGGAAACAAUAGCGGAAUCAAAUAUUGUUCCUAGAUCUUUAGCUGACAGCAUGCCAAAAAGUCUUACGGUCCCUCUUAGUGAUUCUUCCAAUGAACAAGGUCGUGGUUUCGUCAAGAAGGUGAUGAUACCAUUCUUACUUGGUCUCAAAUUCAAAGCCACCACUUUGGUACCUCUUGGUCUUGCUUUGAUCGCCUUAAAGACGUGGAAAGCGCUAACUUUGGGUCUUUUAUCGUUGGUCCUCAGCGGGGCAAUGUUGAUCUUCAAGUUGACCAAACCGAAAGUCGCUUACGAACUUGUUCAUUACGGACAUCCACCUGUUGAACAUCCGCCUCACUGGGACACCGCACCUCAUGGACCAUACAGAGCCUAUAGAAAAUAAAAAUCAAUAUAGAAAUUAAUAUAAAAAUCGAUGCAGAAGAAAAUUCGUCAUUUCAUUCAUCCGCUUAAAUUUAUUUAAUAUUUAUUAGUUGUACUAGUAUAUAUGUUCCAUCUGCGUUACUUAAUAAAUAAAUAUGUAUAAUAAAAGUUUUUAGUUUUCAUAAAUCGUUUUAUCAAUCAAAUCUUAUCGAUUAUUUUUAUUGCAUUUUUCUCUGAUGUAAUAUUUUCUCUAAUUUAAUUUACAUUUUCU